AUGUCAAACGCGGCGGCGGUGGCGGCGGUAGCCGGCACGGCAUGGGCCGCCAACUCGGGCCCGCUGCUCGAGCCGUCGCUCCGGGUCGCCGCCUGGCUCGCCUCGCGGCUCUCGCCCCAUCCGCUGCGGAUCGAGUUUGACUCGGCCGAAGGCACGCUGCUGCUGCCGCGGACGGAGCUGCGGCUGGACCAUUUGCGGGUGACUCGGACGCCCGAGGGCGCCAGCCGCGACAUCGCCGCCGGCUUUGAUCUGGUCGCUGCCCGGGUCGAUCUCGUCGCAGCACGUGGCAUGGCCACGCCGUCCGGUGCGCCUGUUAUCGAGAGCCUGCAUGUCUCGGGCCUCUCGGGCACCGUUCGCACCGCGCCGCACUCGCCGCCACUGCCACACGUCGUCAUCGGCCACGCCCGGCUGGACCACGCCGCGCUCGUUGUCGACUUGCACACUCACCAGCAGAACCUGCCGCUGCCGCUGGUGGUCAAGGCCGCCGAGAUCCGCGACCUCGAUAUUGCCGACGUACCGGCCUCGCUCGCGCUGGCCAGGCUACAGGGUCUCGUCGACGGUGUUGGCACCUUCCAUCUCACCUCAGGCGGGGCCGACGCCGACGUCGAGCUCGCGCUAAGGAAUAUCCCGCUCGUCAGGGUCUCGGCCAUGGCGCCUGCGGGCUCGGCACUCGAGUGGCUCUCACGCGGCGGCCUCGACCUCGGUGUCCAAGCCAAGUACGUCUACGAUCCGAUCAACCCCUCGCGGCUCUCGCAUGUCACUCUCAGAGUCUCAUCGCGGCUUUUCGACCUUGCUGCCGACAUUCCGGCCUCGCGCCGCGACCAGCUCGCUCCCUCACGCCUCGCCGCCGUCCGCACCUUUGUCGCGUACGUCAACUCACACUCGCGCGCCAUUGACCUCGCCUACACCGUCCGGGUCACUCCCGCCGAGCUCCGCGACGCACUCGCUGAGUGCGGCGAGUCGCGAACCCGUGCCUUUGUCACGCUCUUCCUUCGCGCGCUUUCGACCGAGCUCUUCCGCUCCGCCGGCUCCUCGCUCCUCGAAGGCCUCUCGGCUCUUGUCGACCGCGCCCGUCAAUGA